AUGGCUACCUCAAUUAUCACGGCGGCCUCCUCUGCCGACCACCACCACCACCGCCGGGCCGCGAGCCCCGGCCCCCACGAGCACGGCCGCCGAGGCGCGGCGCCGCCGCGUCGGGGCCCUGGGAGGAGGAAGGGCAGGAACGGCGGCGACGGCGGCCCGAGGAGGAGGGGGAUGGGUGUGGAGAAGCUCGAGAAGCUGAUGAUGCAGGACCGGUGGAGGAAGGCGGCCGAGGCCGGCCAGUUCCCGGACCCGGUUUCCGAUACGGCCGGGUACGGAUCUCCGGCGGGCUUCAAGUACGGCGGCGGGUCGGACCAGAUCGGGUCGGGCGCCGCCGGGAGCUGCUACUCUGAGCACUGUACCGCUUGUCACAAGAAGAAAAAGUUCGACAGUGGAGACUACGGGAUUUUGGGGGUGAACAGUGAAGAAGCUCAUGAGAGGUUGAAUAUUGGGACGAAAAUGACCCUGGGGACUGGCUUUGCAAAUUCUGGCAAGCAGCAGAUUAAGCUUUAA